GUGACCUAGAUGCGUCGGAAUUGGCAUUUUUGCAUUUCCAAUUUUUUUAGAAUCAUUUUUAUCUGUUUUCGGGAGCUUUCAAAUGUCAAGUCAAUACUCUUAAGAGAAAAAAAGUUUUAACUCUUUUGAAAAAUAGUGCGUUAUGUUUUUAUCUGAAGAGAGGCUGAAACUAUUUCGAAGCCAAUGUUUGGAGCAACAUAAUUACUAUCGAAGUUUGCAUGGCUGCCCGCCCCUGCAGCUUAACCCCAAGCUCAAUGCCUCUGCUAAUUACUGGGCCAAUCACAUAUCUAGAUGCAACGUCCUGAUGUUCUCAGAGAGUGAUCAAUAUGGACAAACUGUACACAAGAGCUAUAACUGCAACAUAUCCGGAAGGCAGCCAGUGACAGCUUGGUACCACACAAUCCAGUACUUUUGCUUUGGAGCACCUUCCUACAAUCCAAGGGCACGUAACUUCAUUCAGGUGAUCUGGAAGAGCACCACGGAUUUGGGGGUAGGGGUUGCAAUUAGGGACAAUGUUAUUUGGAUUGUCGCGCACUAUCGUCCUGGCAUGCGCCCUUGUUCGGUACGGGCUAAUGUUCCACCAAGGCUGGAUCGUCCGCGACUAUGGCCGGCCCUUUGUUGGUUUGAAAAUACGAAAGUGGAACUUUUAAUGAAAAUAUUGUUGCAAGUCCUACUGGAAAUGAUUGAAUACGCAUUUGCGUAAAGCCAGGGGGGAUGGAAUUUGAUUUUUGAAUAUUUAAAAUUUAACGUAAUUUUUUAUUUACCAUUUUGACAAUGUUCACGUUUUUCCUAGGAUAGCAUCAGUAAGACUGUAAUUUUAUAGAUUCGUUUACGACCCAUUAUCAAAGGACAAGGUAGAGUCCAUAUAUUAAUAGUUAUUAAAGUUAAUGCCAGAAUAAUAGCUUUAGCAAUGAAUAGAAUAAAUGCGAUCCUAGAGAAACGGAUUCCUCUUUUUCAA